AUGGAGGGGGGCGUCUACCAUAGAAGGCGGAUCAGGGGGGGAGCGGGGGUUCCACGUUGCAGGGAGGGCCACAGUGGCUUAGCGGAGGGCUGCGGGGAUGGUCGCGCGGGGCUCCGAAGAGGGCGGGGGAGGGCGCGGCGGCCCUGCAGAGAGGAUGCGGGGAAGGGCCGCGUACUGCGCGGGGGGAGGGGGGUGGUGCGGGAGCGCUGCCAGGAUGAAGGGCAGAGGGGGAAAGGGCAGCGGUGGGGGGAUUGGAGAGGGGUGGUGCGCUGCAGGAUGAAGCGGAGGGCAAGGGGCGCGGGGGGGGUGGUGGGUAGGUUGCGUGGGUGGAACGGGAGGGGCAGGGGGGCACUCGCAGGCGGGGGAGUUGGCCUGCUGCCGGAGAAAGGUCGUAGGGGGGUGCGCGGUAGGGGAGCGGCGUACCUGAUAACUUUGACGGGGAGAGGUCGCCGGAGCUGA